GGCUCUGCAAGACAGCUUUUAGAAAGAUUGUCCAUCAGUAGCAGUAGAUAACAAUGGGAAAAAAAACAAAAUCGUUAGUAAGCAAGAGCUGGCAUAAAUGCUACAUUUUUUUUUGUUUUUUGAAGGAGUGCCUUUAUAUUGGAGGUGUGAGAAGGAACGGAGUGAAACAGUUCUUGCGUGUCGAGGUACAGGAGAACAGUUUUGGUGCUCUGUAUGACGGGGAGCAGAUUUCAGUUGCAUAAACUGUCUUCUCUGAUUCUGAAAAUGUCAUGUCAGCAUGAGAGACAACACAGUGCUAAGGGCUUCAGUUCCUCUUGAGCAGAGUAGUGUGCUAGCCAAAAAGCAAUAGAUAUGAAGAUGAAUAAUGCAGAGCACUGGUUUCGAUGAUGCUGGGCUUUUAUGACUGGAUUCAUUAAGGAAUACAAAGAAAAUUCUUACAGGGAUCAAUAAUGGUGUCUUCUGGUUGCAGAAUGCAAAGUUUUUGGUUCCUGCUCAUUAUCAGCUUCCUGCAGUGUACUACUGAAGGUUUCAGCCGAGCAGCACUACCAUUUGGUUUGGUUAGGAGAGAGCUCUCCUGUGAAGGCUACUCCAUUGACCUCCGGUGUCCAGGAAGUGAUGUUAUUAUGAUAGAAAGUGCUAACUAUGGACGGACAGAUGACAAGAUCUGUGAUGCUGACCCUUUCCAGAUGGAGAACACAGAAUGCUUCCUUCCCGAUGCCUACAAAAUUAUGACACAAAGGUGCAACAACCGAACACAGUGUAUAGUAGUUACUGGGUCAGAUGUGUUUCCUGAUCCUUGUCCUGGAACAUACAAGUAUCUAGAAGUUCAAUAUGAAUGCGUUCCUUACAAAGUGGAGCAAAAAGUUUUUGUUUGCCCGGGAACGUUGAAAGCAAUUGUGGACUCACCGUAUUUAUAUGAAGCUGAACAAAAAGCAGGUGCUUGGUGCAAAGAUCCUCUUCAGGCUGCAGAUAAAAUAUACUUCAUGCCAUGGACUCCGUAUCGCACUGAUACUUUGAUAGAAUAUGCUUCUUUGGAGGACUUCCAAAAUGGACGCCAGCAGACAACGUAUAAACUCCCAAAUCGAGUGGAUGGUACUGGAUUUGUAGUAUAUGAUGGCGCUGUAUUUUUUAACAAGGAAAGAACUAGGAACAUAGUAAAAUUUGACUUAAGGACUAGAAUUAAGAGUGGAGAGGCCAUAAUCAAUUAUGCUAAUUACCAUGAUACUUCCCCAUACCGAUGGGGAGGAAAGACUGACAUUGACUUGGCAGUUGAUGAAAAUGGCUUAUGGGUAAUUUAUGCUACGGAGCAGAACAACGGGAUGAUAGUAAUUAGCCAGCUGAACCCCUACACCCUACGUUUUGAAGCAACAUGGGAGACGACAUACGACAAACGGGCAGCAUCCAAUGCAUUUAUGAUAUGUGGUGUCUUGUAUGUUGUCCGGUCCGUGUAUCAGGACAAUGAGAGCGAGACGGGCAGGAACUCCAUCGAUUACAUCUAUAACACCAGGUUGAGCAGAGGAGAGCACGUGGAUAUUCCUUUCCCUAACCAGUACCAGUACAUUGCUGCAGUGGAUUACAACCCCAGAGACAACCAGCUCUAUGUGUGGAAUAACAACUUCAUUCUCCGAUAUUCUUUGGAAUUUGGCCCACCUGAUCCUGCCCAAGUGCCUACUACAGCAGUGACAAUAACUUCUUCAGCAGAGCUAUACAAAACCACAGCGUCAACCACUAGCACUACAUCACAGAAAGGUCCAGUAAGCACAACAUUAGCUGGAGGAACAAAAGAAGGAAGCAGAGGACCCAAGCCACCACCACCCGUUUCUACAACCAAAAUUCCCCCUGUGACGAGUUUUUUCCCUUUGCCAGAAAGAUUCUGUGAACCGACUGAGGCGAGGGGGAUUAGUUGGCCUCAGACACAAAGAGGAAUGAUGGUUGAACGGCCUUGCCCCAAAGGAACACGAGGAACUGCCUCGUAUCUCUGUGUGGUUUUAACGGGAACAUGGAACCCCAAAGGCCCCGAUCUUAGCAACUGCACCUCACACUGGGUAAAUCAGCUGGCUCAGAAGAUCAGAAGUGGAGAAAAUGCUGCUAGUCUGGCCAAUGAACUGGCUAAACACACUAAAGGACCAGUCUUCGCUGGCGAUGUUAGCUCAUCAGUGAGGCUGAUGGAGCAGCUUGUGGACAUUUUGGAUGCUCAGCUGCAGGAACUGCGACCCAGUGAAAAAGAUUCUGCUGGAAGGAGUUAUAACAAGCUCCAAAAACGAGAGAAGACAUGCAGGGCUUACCUUAAGGCAAUUGUUGACACAGUGGACAACCUGCUCAGGCCUGAAGCUCUGGAGUCCUGGAAAGACAUGAAUUCUUCGGAACAAGCCCAUGCAGCCACAAUGCUACUUGAUACAUUAGAAGAAGGGGCUUUUGUCUUGGCUGAUAAUCUCUUAGAACCAACCAGAGUCUCAAUGCCCACAGAAAAUAUCGUUUUGGAUGUUGCAGUGCUCAUUACUGAGGGCCAGGUGCAGGACUUGAAAUUUCCUCAGGGCAGUAAAGGAGGCAACUCAAUUCAGCUCUCUGCAAGCACUGUGAAACAAAACAGCAGAAAUGGGCUAGCAAAGCUGGUUUUCAUCAUUUACAAAAGUCUGGGGCGUUUUCUUAGCACGGAAAAUGCAACCAUAAAGCUGGGCAGUGAUUUUGCUGGUAGAAACAGUACAAUUGCAGUCAACUCCCACGUCAUUGCAGCCUCUAUCAACAAGGAGUCUAGCCGAGUGUACCUGACUGAUCCUGUGUAUUUUACUCUGGAACACAUUGAUCCUGACAAUUAUUUCAAUGCAAAUUGUUCCUUCUGGAACUACUCCGAGAGGACUAUGAUGGGAUACUGGUCAACUCAAGGCUGCAAACUGGUUGACACAAAUAAAACUCAUACAACGUGUGCUUGCAGUCACCUUACCAACUUUGCUAUUCUUAUGGCUCAUCGGGAAAUUGUGUACAAAGAUGGAGUACACGAAUUGCUCCUCACUGUCAUCACCUGGGUGGGAAUUGUCAUCUCUCUUGUUUGCCUGGCCAUCUGCAUCUUUACAUUCUGUUUUUUCCGUGGCCUACAAAGCGAUCGUAACACUAUUCACAAGAACCUUUGUAUCAACCUAUUCAUUGCUGAGUUCAUUUUCCUAAUAGGCAUCGAUAAGACAGAGUACACGAUUGCAUGUCCAAUAUUUGCAGGUCUCUUACACUUUUUCUUCCUGGCAGCCUUUGCCUGGAUGUGUCUAGAAGGAGUGCAGCUUUAUCUAAUGCUAGUAGAAGUAUUUGAAAGUGAAUAUUCUAGGAAGAAGUACUAUUACGUUGCUGGCUACCUCUUCCCUGCUACAGUAGUUGGUGUCUCAGCAGCUAUUGACUAUAAGAGCUACGGAACAGAGAAAGCUUGCUGGCUCCACGUAGAUAACUAUUUUAUAUGGAGUUUCAUUGGGCCUGUUACCUUUAUUAUUCUGCUGAAUCUUAUCUUCUUGGUGAUCACAUUGUGCAAAAUGGUGAAGCACUCAAACACUUUGAAACCAGACUCUAGCAGGUUGGAAAACAUUAAUAAUUACCGUGUUUGUGAUGGCUACUAUAAUACGGACUUACCUGGCUAUGAAGAUAAUAAGCCAUUUAUCAAAUCCUGGGUCCUGGGUGCAUUUGCUCUCCUGUGUCUUCUUGGCCUAACAUGGUCAUUUGGCCUACUGUUUAUCAAUGAGGGAACAGUUGUGAUGACGUAUCUCUUCACAGUAUUUAAUGCUUUCCAAGGAAUGUUUAUUUUCAUCUUUCAUUGUGCCCUUCAAAAGAAAGUACGUAAGGAAUAUGGCAAAUGCUUCCGACAUUCCUACUGCUGUGGUGGACUACCAACUGAGAGUCCUCACAGUUCAGUGAAGGCAUCAACAACAAGAACUAGUGCUCGCUAUUCCUCUGGCACUCAGAGUCGUAUAAGGAGGAUGUGGAAUGACACUGUGAGAAAACAAUCUGAAUCUUCUUUUAUCUCAGGUGACAUCAACAGCACUUCAACACUUAAUCAAGGAAUGACUGGCAAUUACCUACUAACAAACCCUCUUCUUCGACCACACGGCACUAACAACCCCUAUAACACAUUGCUCGCUGAAACUGUUGUAUGUAAUGCCCCUUCAGCUCCUGUGUUUAACUCACCAGGACAUUCACUGAACAAUGCCAGGGAUACAAGUGCCAUGGAUACUCUACCGCUAAAUGGUAAUUUCAACAACAGCUACUCUUUGCGCAAUGGUGACUAUAACGACAGUGUGCAAGUUGUAGACUGUGGACUAAGCCUGAAUGAUACUGCUUUUGAGAAAAUGAUCAUUUCAGAAUUAGUGCACAACAACCUGCGGGGCAACAGCAAGAACCACAACCUGGAGCGCACACUGCCAGCCAAGGCUGUGAUCGGUGGGAGUAGCAGCGAAGAUGACGCCAUCGUGGCAGACGCCUCAUCUUUGAUGCACAGCGACACCCCUGGGCUGGAGCUGCACCACAAAGAGCUCGAGGCCCCACUUAUUCCUCAGCGGACUCACUCCCUUCUGUACCAGCCCCAGAAGAAAGUGAAGACCGAGGGAACUGACAGCUAUGUCUCACAGCUGACAGCCGAGGCUGACGACCACCUCCAGUCCCCCAACAGAGACUCUCUUUACACAAGUAUGCCCAACCUCAGAGACUCUCCGUACCCAGAGAGCAGCCCCGAUGUUGAAGAAGAUCUCUCUCCUUCCAGGAGAAGUGAAAACGAGGAUGUUUACUACAAGAGCAUGCCAAAUCUAGGAGCUGGCCAUCAGCUUCAGAUGUACUAUCAAAUCAGCAGGGGUAAUAGCGACGGCUAUAUAAUUCCCAUUAACAAGGAAGGAUGUAUUCCAGAAGGAGAUGUUAGAGAAGGACAAAUGCAACUAGUGACAAGCCUUUAAUAGUGUAGCAAAGAAAUAUUAAAGGCCAUGUACAAGUAUUAAAAAGACUUAAUUGGCCCCGUGCAGGCUCCCUCGUAUCUGCUUGAAGAGACAAUUCUGUUGACCCUGUGGUUCUCCUCUGUAAUGGGGAUGACUGGACCUCGCAGUUCUGUGAAUUUUUAUAAAACAAAAACUUUGUAUAUACACAGAGUAUACUAAAAUGAAUUAUUUGUUACAAAGAAAAUACCAACAAGGUAUUUUAAGAUAUCUUCUGCUGCUGAAUUUAACAAAAUUGUGAAAAAAGAAAUAAAACACUUUCCAGCCAUUUUACUGCAGCAGUUUGUGAACUAAAUUUGUAAAUAUGGCUGCACCAUUUUUUUUUUCCUAGGCCUACAUUGUAUUAUAUACAAGGCGUAGGCUCUAAAAUCCUGUGGGACAAAUUUACUGUACCUUACUAUUCCUGACAAGACUUGCAAAAGCAGGAGAGAUAUUCUGCAUCAGUUUGCAGUUCACUGCAAAUCUUUUCCAUUAAGGCAAAGAUUGAAUACAUGUCUAACCACUAGCAAUCAAGCCACAGGCCUUAUUUCAUAUAUUUCCUCAACUGUACAAUGAACCGUUCUCAUGAAAAAAAUGGCUAAAGAAAUUAUAUUUUGUUCUAUUGCUAGGGUAAAAUAAAUACAUUUGUGUCCAACUGAAAUAUAAUUGUCAUUAAAAAUAAUUUUAAGAGUUUGAAGAAAAUAUUGUGAAUCGCUCUUGGUUGCACAUAUGUUAUAAGCUGUUUUUCUUACACUCUGUUCAUAGUACAGUAGUAUGUUUAAAAUGCAAGUUCUGCCCGUUUUUCACUUAUUUUUCACUGUAAACAGUGUUCUGCUUUGACAAGUUAGGUUUUAUUCUUUUCUUUUUUUAAUUUUUAUUGCCAAAAACAUAAUUUGGGGAGAAAAUUGUUUUAGAAGCCAAUUAUGCCAAGCCUUGCACAAAUUUGGUAUAGGUAAUAAAGAUUGUAACUCAGUUCCCUGUUCAUUCUUAACCAGGGUUGGGUGGUAAGGGGCAAAGGGGACACUGGACACUUCUCACAAACUUUCUCGUGAAUAAAAGGUGCCUGUCCUUUAAAAAAUAAAUAAAACAUAACUAUUACUCUUCCAUAUUCCUUCUGUCUAUAUUUAGUAAUUAAUUUAUUUUAUGAUAAAAAUCUAAUGAAAUGUAAAUUGUUUCAACUAAAUUCUGCUUUUUUCAUCCCUUUGUGUAAACUUGUUAAUAAUGAGCCCAUCACUAAUAUCCAGUGUAAAGUUUAACACCUGUUUGACAGUAAAUAAAUGUGAAUUUUUUUCCAAAUAGGUAAAAUGUGCAUUAUUAUGUACAAAGCAUAAUUGGCAUCAGCAAGUCCUUUGACCCAGCUGUAUCCUGCUUAGAAUGGCUUCUUUACAUUUUAUGAUUUAAGUGUUGAGAAUACAAUAGAAACUGUGUAGUGCUACAGAAGAGUUCAUCUUUACUAUUCAUUACCUUAGUCACAAUUAAAUAGGAUCAAAUUCAGACAUAGCAGGGUCAUUGGGAAAAAGUACUGUAAUUUCAUAUAUUUACACAGUUUUUAAGUAGGCAUAUGUAUUGAAAUAAAAUACCACUAUCAUAGUCUCAGCAACAGUAAUUAGCAGUAAUUAUUAGUGAUGAAGAUAUAUUCUUGUAGCAGGAAAAACGUAAGCAGCAUUUGGGUAGUACUCAGAGUGCUAUACAAAUAAUCAAUCCAUCACCGUUUUGAAUUAGAUAAGUGAGCAUGACUGCCCUCAUUUCUAUCAGACAGGAAAACUGCAGAAGGCAGCCCAAGAUGUUAUCUACAAAUAAGUGGCAAAAUUGGAAGUCUGAAAUCUUUGUUUCCUUGGUUCCCAAGCCUCUUUCUGUCCCUCUAACACCAGGGCUUCUCACAGAUCAUGCCAAGGACUUCAUUUGUUACAGCUUCCGAAAAUGCUUUCCUUCAUUAUCACAGAGGCCACUGUUUCAUGUGUGGCCAGUGUGACUGAAUACAGGCAUGACAACAGCAAAAAUUCAUUUGAAAGCCUUAUAAAUUCUAAGUUGCUUCUAAACUGCUAGUAUAUAUAAAGCUCCAUUAGGAAUAUAUAUUGAUGCACAAUAGUUUUGCAUAGGUGCAUUUUGAAAAAGUUUGGAUUUCAAAAAAAUUCUGGGGGCAAGAACUCCUGGUAUUGAGACAGAUCUAACUCUAUAAAAAAUACCUGGGUAAAUGUAACCUCAUAGCUCAGAUAACCUCAGUAUAUCUGUAAUCAGGCCUGUGACUGUAGCAGUUAUCACUGAAGACAAAGGCAUCUUUACUGUAUCCUACUGGUAACUCUUGCCAGUAAGUUCCUUAAUACUUAGAAGUUACUAUCUUCAUGUCAAAGUCAUUUAAAAUUUAAUCAGAAACUGUUUACUUCUGUUUAAUAGAGAUGCUUUAAAAAAAUCUGAAGUCUCUGUGAAGUAAGGGUUUGUUCUGAUUCAGGGUAUACCAGCAGACACUUUGGAGCAAAAGGAUUCCCUUGGUCUGCCUGGCAACUUAAAAACAUACCUGCUGCCUUCUACCUAGGAAAUCACGUCUUAGGGAUUUAAACCCAUGGUGCUCAAGUAAUUACAGUACAUGACCUAGUAACAUCACCAGCUUUCAGCAGAAUAUUCCACCCUAAUUCAAGCGAGUACUCCUUUGUGUCACACUGUCUAACUAGCAGUGGUGAAACUAUAUGCUGGAAGGUUUGUAGCAUUGUGAUAUUAAAAAUAUAACCAAUUGCAAAUGUAACAAGUAUUCAUAAAAUAAAAGAAAAUUGAGCUGAUGAACCUAAGAUGAACCAGCUGAACCUAAGUAUCACACCGGAAUUCUUUUGUUAGCUUCUCUGUAGUAUAGAUGUUGCUUUUUAGCAAGCCUGUUUUUUUUUUUUUUUUUUCCUUUUUAUUUUUUCUUUUAAUGUUUUGAUAGUGAAAUGUCCUGUGUUUAGCUAGCAGCUAGCAGUCAAUAGCUUGCCAAAUUUCUGUUGGUGUAACUUCUCAGUGUAGUAGAUUACAAUAUAAUUAUAUAGCUGACAGCUUAUUGUAAUUUCUUUGUGUUCUCUCUCACGUUCCUGCCAUCUUGUCUUGGGAUCAGAAGGACAGAAGAAUUGAGAGGAAGAGUUCAAGAAUAGCAAAAUAAUGACAGCAGAAUUAAUGGAAACAAGUGUUUGUCCAGGGUCACCAGUUAACCAGUUCCUACGAUGGUGCCAAGGAUAUGCUGCUAUUUUAGGCACUGUCUUUCAGAAGAGCUGUAAUUUUCUUAUGGCUAGUAAUCUCCUGUUACUAUCAGUGUUAACCCUACUGGCUCCAUCCAAUUCUUCCUUGUAACUUCAGUCCAGUUAUAUUCCAGCAAAAGAUUAAAUGGGAUGUGCAUUUAGUGAACUGUUGUAUAAUGGUGCUAUGCAUUGUUUAAUAUAAAAUACAUCUCAAUUCUACAUAAGUGAACCAUAACAUGAAGAAAUGCAACACUGGUAAUACCUUUAUAGUUAGAAUUAACCUUUAUCUGUGAACUCUACAAUCCACCUUUGCUUCUUUUAAAUUGGAAAUGAAAUUACUAAUAAAGUUUACAUACAUUCACUUACAUAGACAAUAAAAGGUGUUUCAA